CCGAUGUGCUAGAAGCUGCAGUUGCCGGACAGUUUACUCGCCAGUCAUCAUCUCCAUGAACUCUGCAGACAGGAGGAUAGAGAUUGAUCGAGUGGCUUGAGUUCUUGUCAUAUCACAGACAAACAAUUGUGUUGGUGCUGUUGUUUUUGGCUCUGCUGAAAUUGCAAAGAUUCCUGUAUAAUACACGCGGCUUUGGAAAGGACUGGGAGCCAGAGCGUCUUCAUGGAAGCAAUGAAAAGAAAUCUAACACCAACUUCAUGGGAAGUCCGUCGUCAUUGAAAUCUGAAGGAUUUGACGCAAUUUUGGAUUUCGUGCUCCGAGAGGCAUCUGGGCACGUAUUUGGAUCGCAGAAAAUCCCUGAUGUGAACAAGACGUUCCAGGUUCCAAUGCCUAUGGGAUUGGGGGGGACCUUGUCUGAGCUCACGCUGAGAGUGGAGGUGUUGCUCACGCCGUCGUUCUCCGCGGAGCUGCGCUGCCUCCGCGUGGAGAAAAUGGGGCCCCUGCGCGCGGACGUCACCGGGCUCGGCGAGUGGGGCUUCACGUGGCCAACCAUCCAGGAGGCCUUGCUGCCCGUCGUCCAGAAGCAUCUGGAGCAUGAGGUGGUGGAGCGAGUGGAGCCCAUCCUCAGAAAGGGCCUGUGGCAGUUGUCACGCUUCAUCGCUGCCAUACCGAAAAUUCGCCUUCUCCCGGAGACCGACGGGAGCCCGAAGAUGAUCGGGGCCUUGGAGAUGGAGCCCAGCAUAACGCUCACUCCGAGUACCAUCGCCGCGGGCGGUGGGCUGGUGGUGAGCGGCAUCUCCUUGCUGGGCGUGCUCCUCGGCGCCGCCUUCGGAAGCUCCGGAUCAAGAUCGGAUGACGAUGAUUAGACACAGGAUAUUACAGAUACAGCCCUCCGUGUGAUCGUGUAUGGAGUUUUCGAGAAAUCGAACGCAACUUGACGAAUAUAAAAAAAAACACAGAUGCAAUUGAUAUUUGUAAAACAGGUGGUCGGAUGCUAAGGAUACUGAUGAAAACACAAGGAUAUUAAGAAAUAUAUUACAAGUUACUGUGUCACUACACAAAAUGGAUGUGGCCUAUUGGUGAUGUGUUAAAUUUUACACGCAAAACCUCAUAGUUUAGAUGACGUAAUCAAUACUGAUGUGUUUGUGAUAUUUGCAAAGACUACAAUUUCAUCAUUAAAUAAGUUUUUUUGUGAAAUUAUGUAAAAAUAUAUCACAGUACGUGAUUUGUUUGUUAUUUCGUUUUACCUAUGUGUGACUUACAAUGAAAUAUGUUUUCUUGUAAUCGUUUUUGCAGUUGAAUGGGGUGUCAAAUGAAUGGCAAAUUAACAUUUCAAAGUACUGUCUUCCACUUAUCGUGUACAUAAUUUUAUUGAUAGCUUUGUUAUACUUUCUUAUUGUGUAUGCUUUUGUCAAAUUACGUUUUUUAUUUAAAUUGUAUAUACUUUUUAUACUUCACUGUGUUUUGUGUUGUUCACAAUGUAAUUAAAAUAUGCUGAUGUAUUUUCUAUGGUAUUCCAAAUGUUGCAUGCUCCAACAC